AUGCUUGACGAUCAAAUAGAUGACACUUCUUCAACUGGAUUUCCCGAUUCGCUAGAAGCAUUAUUUAAAUAUAUUGAUGCACUUCCAUCUUAUCCGAUAAAUUUUGAUGACAUCUCUUUUGUUUCAAAUGAAUGGCUUAUUACGGAUGAACUUACAAAAAAAAUACGACCUCCAAAAUUAUAUGAAUUUCUUCGUUUACUUCUGGAUAAUUUAUUUUAUAUUUCUUAUGCAUCCUGGUUAAACAAAGAUGAAGGUUUAUUUAAAAUUCAUAAACCAUUAGAAGUUGCUGAACUUUGGGCAAAAGUUCGAGGUCGAUGCACAAAUAAUAAUAUCGAUUAUGAUAAAUUCUCACGAAGUAUUCGAUAUUAUUAUGAAGAGAACAUUAUGAUACCAACACGUACAAAAUAUACUUAUCGUUUCGCUAAUAAUAAAUAA